UCUUUAAGCAAUUUUCCAUCGCAGAAUUGACCGUCAAUCGACCUUCCCAGGCACUUGUUGGCCCGGCCGCGGUUGCGCCCGGCCGCUGACCAUCAUGUGGAGGCCAAGCGUAAACUUCAUCUCUCUGCACUACCUGUGGAUUCUUUUCUGCUCCUUUCUCGCCUUCCCGAUUUUGUCACCAUAUGGCAACCUUGCGGCCGUUGAUGUCUUCUUCUUCGGCUGCAGCAGUUCAACCGAGUCUGGACUCAAUACUAUCGAUGUCAAGGAGCUCAAGACGUACCAGCAGCUCUUCAUCUAUGUUAUUCCCAUUAUCACCAACCUGUGUUUCGUCAACGUUAUGGUCGUGGUCAUCCGUCUGUACUGGUUCCAGAAGCGCAUGAAAACUCUCAAGCCUGUCCCGCCAAGCGCCUCUGUCGACGACACCGAGGCGCAAGCUGGAGAAACGAAAGCCAUGGUCACCUCACCGGAUUCUGACGCUUUACCUCUGGUUCGGUCGAAUCAUUUCGUGCAGCCCAUCGCGAACAAGGACGCGGCUGUUGGCGGGGAAGGCAUAAAGCUAGAGCCAGAGCCAGAGCCAGAGCCAGAGCCCGUCCCCUCGCAAAGAGUGACCUCCAUCAAGUUCGACGCCGACACCGCCCUCCCUCGACGCAUAUCUACCGAAGAUGCUGUUGCUCUUCGCAUCCCUGGGCCGCGGGAGCGGGACAGUGGCCACCCUAUCGUCAAAGUUGCUACGGAUGGAAGAAGCAGCGCGAGUCAGUUGGAUGAAGACCAGGAGUCCAUCAAGCCCACCAGCCAUGCAUCGUCGGCCGGCCCGUCCCGACGCAGGACCUUCCACACCGCUAGACGCCUGUCCUUGACCCAUUCCAUCGAGAAAACUGCCUCUUCGCUGCUCGUCCUAGGCCCUACGCCGACCAUAGACAGGCCGAGGCCGUCCAGCUUGUCGACCCGUCCCCGCGUGGCAGACCUGCCGCAGCUAUCCCGCCAGGUUACGGUCGGGCGCAAUUCGAACUUCUACAACCUGACCGAACGCGACCGCGAGGUCCUCGGCGGCAUCGAAUACAGGAGCUUGAAGCUCCUGCUCAAGAUCGUUUCUAGUUAUUUUAUCGGGCUCCAUCUUUUCGGCAUUAUCUGCCUGCUCCCCUGGAUUCACGCGAACGCAGGGUCCAAGUAUACCGACUGGCUCGACCAGAAUGGUCUGGAUUGGUCCUGGUGGGCCAUAUACUCGGCACAAACCAUGACCGACAACCUGGGCUUCACGCUCACUCCGGACUCGAUGGUGUCCUUCAAAGACGCGACGUGGCCGAUACUCGUUAUGACUUUCCUGGCCUUUGCCGGAAACACUUGCUACCCCAUCUUCCUCCGCCUGAUCAUUUUUACGAUGUCGAAACUAGUGCCCAAAAAGUCUGCGACCAAGGGCCACCUCCAGUUCCUCCUAGACCACCCUCGUCGGUGCUACACGCUGCUUUUCCCCAGCAAGCCGACAUGGGUCCUUUUUGGCAUCCUCGUUGCCCUCAACUUCGUUGACGUACUACUGAUGAUCGUCCUGGACCUCAAAAACCCUGCCGUUACGGACCUGCCCAUUGGUCCGCGCAUCCUGUCGGCACUUUUCCAGGCGGCCUCGGCCCGCCACACAGGGACCGCCACUUUCAACCUUUCCCUAGUUAACCCGGCCGUGCAGUUCAGCCUAAUCUGCAUGAUGUACAUCGCCGUCUUCCCCAUCGCGAUCAGCAUCCGCGCGUCCAACACUGACGAAAACCACGCCCUCGGCAUAUACUCUGGCGAAAGCAACCUCAACGAGCUAAGCGGCGUCGAUUACGUCACGGCCCACAUCCGAAACCAGCUGAGCUUCGACCUGUGGUAUAUAUUUCUCGGCACUUUCUGCAUCUGCAUUGCAGAGUCUGAGAGGAUCAUGGAUCCAAAGGAUCCGGCAUUUUCCGUGUUUCCUGUUUUCUUCGAAGUAGUUUCGGCAUACGGCAACGUCGGCCUGUCCCUAGGACAUCCAACGGUAAACACCUCGCUGUGCGGCCAGUUCACGCCGUUUAGCAAGGUGGUUAUCUGCGCCAUGAUGAUCCGCGGCCGCCACCGCGGGCUGCCCAACAGUAUCGACCGCGCCAUCAUGCUCCCCGGCGAGGACCGGCCUGGUGAGGCGCCCCUGAGCCAGUAUGGUGGUCAUUCUGGCAGGCCUGCUGCUAAGGAUCAAUAACCACCGUGUACCAUGCUGUCACACGGGAAUGACCCUCGGGACCCAGGAAGGCCGAUUGGCCAACAGACAACCUGUCACGAAGACAAGAUAAGCUGUCAGGACAAGAUUGGGUCGCGACGGGCCAAUACAAGACCCUCGCUGGGUGGUGGGCUGAUUCUAGCAAAACGGGGUAGGAUGCGGUGGAUUAAUGUAAAAACCUUGGACGGCUGCUCUUAAAAUUUCCAAGUACCAAAACAUAUGAGGGCCGAACUAGUACUUAGGUGGGUGACCACUGGGGAAUCCCCGGUGUUGUAUGUUUUGAUAUUUUUGCUCCGAGGAUGGAUCUUUGAAACUACCUGAAAUGAGACAGACGAAGAAUUGGAUAAGAUCGAGGAGACUCUUCCUGGAUCUGAGGUACUGGUUG